AUGAGAUUACACAUGAGUUUCGAAGCAUUUGGACACGAAAAAAAGGCAAAAAAAUUACAAGGUUCAGAAGUUGUGCAGGCAGACGCCUUGGACAAAGGAGGUGGAGAGAAGGAGAGUCGACGCAACGGCGCCAAGGAAAUGAGUGGCAAUGGCAAUGUCGUACCAGAACUUGAAGGACCAGUAUUGGAUAUCCAAAAUCUGUGGUGGUGGCGAAGGUUAUUUACUUUGUCAGAUGAAGACAAACUCGUAAGAACCAUGAACAACAAGAGUCCUUUCCCACCGCUGUUCAGCUUGAUCCAUGAGUACGACCAAACGAAUUACCUCUUAACGUACCUCAUCCACACCCAACGAGCCGAUGGCGAUUUUGGCGCUGUGGAUCUCCUAGAGCCGUCUGCCACCUUGUCAUACUUCCGAGAUCUCUGCUCUCCAUUCACGGACGUUCCCCAAGACGUCAUCGACAACUUCUUCCAGGACUUGAUGCAUCUCGUUCGGUCUCAAGGGGAGCAGGCAGUACUUCACAUAGUCUGUGUCACUGUGGGUUGUGCACAACACUUGCACAACACUUGCACAACACACUACACGGGUUUCUGGUCCCCUUCCUUCCGCAUUUGGGGCGCCUCCGGCCACUACAGCUUGGCUUUCACAGGGGUUAGCGUGUUUGAAGGUAUCUUUUGA